GGGUGGCGGCUUCUGCGGAUCUGGAGCGUGUGCACCCAUCAAAUGUGACUCCAUUGCCGCUGACUGUUGUUUGCUUGCUUGCUACAUGCUAUGACUCACGCAGUUGUAGUGCGCUCUGACUUCUAAGUUUAGCUAGCACUCCCACUUUGCUCUGCUCACUCUUCUCUCCAACGUCUUGUUCCCUCCACCGCCGCCUUGCUUGUCUCCCUUGCUUCCUACAGUUCUCUCCUCUCCUCUCCUUUCCUAUGAGAUGUCAAGCUCUCUUAGAUCUUCGGUAUUUUUCAAUACUUCUUCCACGGCUAACCCCCACCCCUCUUUUACCCUGCCUUUGUCCUUCAUGUCUGCCUCCUUGCAAUCUCUUCUUCUGUCUCCUUUUGUUUCCUCUCCACAUUGCCUGGGUGUGCGCAUGGGAUGGGUAGUGCCAGCACCACACCCAAUGUGAUGACUGCUUAUGUUUCCUCCUCCUCUUCUUCCUCUUCUGCCGCUCAGGUUAGUCGCUCCCACCGUCCCUUUCUGGAUCGUGUUCUCUCCGAGUCCCCUCCACCUUUUCCACCACAUGGACUUCUCAUCUCUCUCUUCUUCCCGCAAUUACGCCCCCUCCACCAUGGUCUCAACCACCAAACGAGAUCUUGACAACAAAAAUGACCUGUACAUCUUGCUCGACCCCGAGAAGUUCCCGACUCCCCAUCUUGCCAACAUUGAGGAGGAUUACCCUAUGUUCAUGCCACCACUUCGGUCUUUUCCCGCCCCUGAGACCCCCUUGGAGCCUAUGGAGUUCCUCUCCAGAUCCUGGAGUAUCUCGUCUGUGGAUGUUGCGCGCUCUUUGCAGCUGAAGUCUCAGCACUCGCAUGGCUCCCUUAGAGCUUUAGAGCCGGGUUCGCAGCAUACGUCGCUGGAGGAUCCCACGUUGUGUGCCCCCUUUACAUUCGCCUCGACACUUACUUCUCAGAUGGUCAUGGAUCGACUCAUGGCACCGGGCUCUAGCUCGGAACCAUCACCUUUUGUAUCGCGGCGGAACUCUUACAGCAGUGGCUCGCUGGCAUUGCUGAGCCCUCCGGUGUCUCCACGAACUGUUGAAGAUUACAAGUUUCGAAGAAGCUUCAGCAUGAUGAAAGCUCCCCUGUCAGGGAGGUCAAUGAGCCGGUGGAUAAAAGACCUCAAAACAAAGAAAAAAGAGGCGACCAGGUGUCAGAAUGCACAGGUUCAUGCUGCUGUUUCCGUUGCUGGAGUGGCAGCUGCCAUUGCUGCUGUUACAGCUGCAACUGCUGCUUCAGCUCAAGAGGAUUCUUCAAAGACUUCCAUGGCAGUUGCUUCUGCUGCUGCAUUAGUUGCAGCUCAGUGCGUGGAGGUGGCAGAAAGCAUAGGUGCUGACCGCGAUCACAUGGCUUCUAUAGUGAGUUCAGCAGUAAAUGUUCGUUCUGCUGGGGAUAUUUUGACUCUUACUGCCUCUGCUGCAACUUCUUUAAGAGGUGCCGCUACUUUAAGAGCAAGGAGGAUGAAAGAAGCUCGAAGCCUGGCUGCUGUGACGCCUUACGAGAGAGCAGCAAUUUGCCCUUCCAUAACUUUCGGCGGUCAAGAUACUGAAAAUGAAAGUGAGACAGAGUACAACUGCCAUGAUGUACUCGCGAGAGGUGCUGAGUUUCUGAAGUGGUCGAAGACUGGUGAUUUGCAUUGGAGAAAUGUUUUUAUAUACCUUAACAAAGUUGGUCAGGUUACUGUAAGGCUUCAAAGCAAACAUAUGAGGGGCGCACUCACGAAGAACAAAAAGAGUAUUAUAUUUCAAGUCUUUUCCAAUAUUCGAGCUUGGCCAGGUAGGAACAUUUUGGAGGGCAGCGAAAAUCGCCGAUACUUUGCUCUCAGGACUUCUAGUGGAGACAUGGAAUUUGAGUGUCGGAACAAGGAGGAACAUCAAGUCUGGACAGAGGGCAUAUCACGCCUCUUGUACAUCUCAAGCCAAUGCCGUCGAAGAUAAUGAAAAAAGGAGUGUUGUCUCUGCUGUAGUCAGGUUGGAACCUGUGCUGUUUCAUGUGGCUAGUGUUUAUAUCUAUCUUGCACAAGGUUGGUGCUUAUGGUCAUUUUCUCCUGGUCUUUUCUCCACCUCUGGAUUCUUGGACAAUUUGAAGGAUAAGCGUUGAGGUUGGCACCAGGGAUGUAUAUAACAGCAUUCAAAUUGAUACAUCUCCGAAGGACAAUGAGCGAAAAGUUUUGAAGGAAAACGUAGAGAAUUUCAGAGCGUUAGUAGGUUUCAGUCAUUUUUCACCCCGUAUUUGUGACUCGGGAAGCCAUUGUAAUUCUUGCAGCUGGCAUUUCCUUCUGCUGCGGGGAUUUUAUGGUCAUUUGUAACUUAACAAAUGCAAGAUUUUUUAAUUUCAUGCAAGUUUGAAGUUCAAAACAUUUGCUUCCCUCAGCGGGGUUUGCAUAAUUUCAUGAGAGUAGAUAGGGAUGCUUUUGCAUAUCAGGAAGGUAGAGGACUUCAACUGAACUUGCACUUGAAUUCCGAGAUGUCGGAGUUAAGGGUAAACUUCACAAAAGAGUAACUACAAUUUUCGUUCUA